CACCUUCCACGCAGAGGAGGAAGAUUUCCGAGGAGCCCAGCCGCCUGAACUGCAGCCUUACAGCACAGCUGAAGAGAGCCCGGCAGCCAUGGGUGAGACCACCGAGAACUCCUUGGAGAGCAGCCUACGGCGGCUAAAGUGCCAUUUCACCUGGAACUUGUUAGAGGGAGAAAAGUCCUUGGAUGAUUUUGAAGACAGAGUGUGUCACCGGACUGAGCUGCAGAACAGUGAGUUCAAAGCUACAAUGAGCAACUUGCUGGCCUACAUAAAACACCACCGAGGCCAAGACGAGGAGGCGCUGGAAUGCUUACGGGAAGCCGAAAGGUUAAUCCAGCAACAGUACCCUGGCCAAGCGGAAAUCCGAAGUCUGGUCACCUGGGGCAACUAUGCCUGGGUCUACUAUCACAUGGGCAGACGCUCAGACGCUCAAGUGUAUGUAGACAAGGUCAGAGAAGUGUGCAAGAAGUUUUCCAGCCCCUACAGAAUGGAGAGCCCUGAGAUGGAUUGUGAGGAAGGGUGGUCACUGUUGAAGUGUGGAGGAAAGUACACGGAAAGGGCAAAGGUGUGUUUUGAGAAGUGUAUGGAAAAGACCCCGAAUAACCCAGAAUUUGCCUCUGGACUGGCAAUCUCCAGCUACUGUCUGGAUCAAUGGCCAGCGCCUCAGAAUCCCCUUGAUGCACUGAGGGAAGCCAUUCAACUAAAUCCUGACAACCAGUAUAUUAAAGUGCUGCUGGCUCUGAAACUUCAAAGGAUGAACCAGGAAAGUGAAGGAGAAAGGUUAGUUGAAGAGGCUGUGGAGAAGGCCCCGUGUGCAACAGAUGUGCUUCAAGGGGCAGCCAUGCUGUACCGGAAAAAAAAUGACCUGGACAAAGCUAUCGAAAUGCUUCAGAAGGCAAUAGAAGGCUCCCCAGACAAUGCCUACCUGCAUUACCACAUUGGGGAGUGCUACAGGGCAAAAGUCUGCGAGUUGCAGAAAAGAGGUCAGAACGAAAUGCAGGUCCAGGAACUCAUAGGGCUCGCGGUGGAUCAUUUGAAGAGAGCCGAUGAGCUCAAUGGAAACCUCGCCAAUGUCGGCUCCCAUCUUGCCUGCCUGUGUGCACAGGCAGGUCGGUAUGAAGAAGCAGAGCAUUACUUCCAAAAAGAGCUGAGCAGAGAGCUCUCGCCCGUAGAUAGGCAAGUGCUCCAUCUACGGUGUGGCAACUUUCAGUGGUUCCACAUGCAUUGUGAGAGCAAGGCCAUCCACCACUAUAUGGAGGGUGCGAAAAUAAGUCAGGACCCGAGGGUGACAGAAAAGAUUAAAAACAGGCUUCAAACUAUUGCCAACAGGCUUUCUAAAUAUAGCGAUGAUCCCAAAGCUUUGUAUAUCUUGGCAUUUAUUCAGGAGCUGGGUGAAAAAAGGUGUCCAGCAGAUGAAAACCAGGAGAGGGAUUUGGACUCUGGACGCCUCAGCCCUUCAGCAUCUUUAGCAGAUGAAUGAGAAAUCAGGGUGUGGUGCCCAUAGGGCUGCUCCUGGGAGGGAGCUGAAACCCCCUCCUCGCAGCUGGAAUCAAAAUAUUUAACAACAGGUAUGGCAUAGGCAUGGACUCAGACACUGGCCGCACUGGAUUGGGGUUAUGGAAGAACUCUGUUGGGCCAAGUCUUAAGACUUUCAUUGCUCAGGGAGUUCCAGAAGGACUAGAUUGGUGGUGGUGGUGGGGGGGGCUUGGUAAAAGGGCUAUUUCCCAUUGACAUCUGUCACACUGGUCCAUUUUUGUAAUGCUUUUCCAUCACUGCAGUUAUUUGAGGUCCUGUACAGGAAUGUGCUAUGUCCAUCCAAAGACUGGAGGCCAGAGCUUAGUUAGAUGGGGCUGGGUGUGCUCGCUCUCUCACUUCUGCCUUCUUUCUCCUUUGCCCCAGAUUAUCAUUAAUCUAGAAAGUCCUACACAAAGGCAGUUCAAAUGUCCUGUUAACCAAGGUGGGAACAUAGUUUGAAAAAUAGCAGGCAGUAAGUCAAAUCCAGAAGGAACAUAUCCCGGGGAAAUAAUGGGGUCAAUCACACUACGGAGGUGCAGGAGGCACAUG